AGACUUAUCAAGACCGUUUAAUAGUUCAUAUAUCUCCGACAGAAGCCAUGUCAACCGAUUCGUGGGCUUUAGCUGUGGACAAACAAGAGUCUACACCCAAGUCUAUUAAGAACUCACGGGUUUUGGAAGCGGGAGAUGGAGCUUUAACGUUACAUGGGACUAAUGGUAAUGAUGUUGACAAACCCGAAGAAGAGGAAAAAGAGGACAAAGCCACACAGUCUCUCCUGAAUAAAUUAAUCAGAAGCAAUGUGGUCAACAACACAAACCAAGUGGAGGUUCUUCAGAGAGACCCAAACUCACCACUGUAUUCAGUCAAGACGUUUGAGGAGCUGAGGCUGAAACCUCAGUUGCUCAAAGGCGUCUAUGAAAUGGGCUUCAACAGACCUUCUAAAAUCCAAGAGAAUGCCCUUCCCAUGAUGCUCGCCGAACCACCUCAGAAUCUGAUCGCUCAGUCUCAGUCUGGUACUGGUAAAACAGCCGCCUUCGUGCUGGCCAUGCUCAGUCAUGUGGACCCAGGCUUAAAAUGGCCUCAGUGUUUGUGCAUUUCUCCUACAUAUGAGCUCGCUCUGCAGACGGGUAAAGUCAUCGCGCAAAUGGGCCAGUUUUACCCUGAAGUUAAACUGGCAUUUGCUGUUCGAGGACAUAAAAUGGAGCGUGGCGUUAAGAUCAAGGAGCAGAUCGUCAUCGGCACACCUGGGACAGUUCUGGACUGGUGCGUCAAGCUGAAGCUCAUCGACCCGAAAAAGAUCAAAGUGUUUGUUCUGGACGAGGCUGAUGUCAUGAUCGCCACACAGGGACACCAAGACCAGAGCAUCCGCAUUCAGAGAAUGCUAUCCAAAGGCUGUCAGAUGUUACUUUUCUCUGCUACCUUUGAGGACUCUGUGUGGAAGUUUGCCGAGCGGGUCGUGCCGGAUCCCAACAUCAUCAAGCUAAAACGUGAAGAGGAGACGCUGGACACUAUCAAGCAGUAUUAUGUGCUCUGCAAUUGCAAGGAGGACAAGUUCAGCGCGCUCUGCAACAUCUAUGGAGCCAUCACUAUCGCACAAGCUAUGAUCUUCUGUCAUACUCGAAAAAUGGCCAACUGGCUUUCCGGCCAGCUGUCUAAAGAGGGCCACCAGGUGGCGCUCCUCAGCGGGGAAAUGGUGGUUGAGCAGAGAGCAGCGGUUAUUGAACGUUUCAGAGAUGGCAAGGAGAAAGUUCUCAUCACUACUAAUGUCUGUGCAAGAGGUAUUGAUGUUGAGCAAGUGUCAGUGGUGAUCAACUUUGACCUUCCACUGGACAAAGAUGGCAAUCCAGACAACGAAACGUACCUCCACCGGAUCGGUAGGACCGGACGCUUUGGCAAGAGAGGACUCGCUGUCAACAUGGUGGACAGUCAGCGCAACAUGGAGAUUCUCAAGACAUACGAGAGGCAUUUUAAUAAGAAAAUUGUGAGGCUGGACACGGAUGAUCUCGACGAAAUUGAAAGAAUCGCCAACUGAAGUGAUGAAGAGCGAAAUCCACAUAAUUUGCAUAAAAAUCAGUUCUGCUGUUACCUUAUGAUGUUUACAUCGAUUAUCGGUGCAUAAUCAAAAGAAUGCGCUUCGACUAAAGCUUAAUGCCAAAUAGUUUUGAUUCUAACCUUCUAGUUAUUACAGGACCUUUUGAGUCAGUUUGCAUUUGACAGAGUGUGUUUUGAUUUAGAAGUGAAUUGCAAUA